CACAUGAUGGGCUAUCUCAAAAGGGAAAGUAAAAAACUUUCUCAGACAAAAACCUUUCUUUUAAUUGCUGCGUCGUUUUAUUCGACCUUUAUGACUAAAUUACUCCAGAAAAAUGCGAGGCUGACUGCAGAUCAGUCGUUCUGGGUCUGAGUUACUAAAUAAUUUCCAUCGCGUGGCGGAAAAAUCAGCCUGCAGUUUGAAGGGCACGAUGGACGGACGGAUGAUUGAUUUGUUUGUGAUGCUUCUUCUUUCUAUGUGCAGAGCUGCUCCUGUUUCAGAGAGCUUUAAAGUUUUGGUUGGGUCUCCUGUGUCAGUACAACGUGGUGCUACAGCCACAUUACCCUGCUGGCUCAGUCCAUCACAAAGUGCAGAGGAUCUGGAGGUACGCUGGUACCGUGGCAACUAUGAUACUCCUAUUAUAAUUUACAAGGAAAAAAUGUUUGACGUUGGAUCCCAGGAAUAUUACGCUGGCAGAGUCUCAUUUGGCUUAAAGGAAGCAACGUCAGGUGGGCUGAAGGCCGGUGAUGUGAGUCUGAAGCUGGUAAAUGUCACAGUUAAAGAUGAAGGGAAUUACACCUGUUAUGUCAGCAGCCUCCACGGAUAUGACAGCUCCACCAUGAGCCUCCGUGUGAUGGAAACGGGAGGACCUCCUCUUCUGUCUGCAGUGUGGAAAGAAGAAAACACGGCGAAUAUGAGCUGUGAAUCUGAAGGCUGGUAUCCACGUCCUGAUCUGCGCUGGUCCGACAAGACAACAGAUCUGGAACCUGUUGGUUUGGUGUACAGCAACGUCUCUGGUCAUUUCUCAGUCCACAGCUGGCUUCUUGUCUCUGGGUCCUCUGAGGUCUCCUGCUCUGUAGGUCUCUCUAACAUCGUGACAAAGGAGGCUAGAAUACGCACAAUAAAACCUCCAGAUAAAGAGUCAGGAGUCUGUGUCGGAUGGGUUGCUUUUGGGAUAUUCCUCAUAAUCUUACUGGUUGGACUGGCAGCAUUUUACUAUAAAAAGAAAGGGAAGAAAUCUGCUGAACCCACUGAAGAAAAUGUAGCACUUUUACCAGAAGAAGUGGUGCAGCCAUCAGCUGUAGAAACAGCUUCCAAGCAUUACGAAAAUAUUAAAUUCGAGAACACAAAUAAUAAAUACCUCAAAGUCAAAGACACUAUACUGAGAGACGCCCCGGUUGAAACGUUUCUAGAUGGACAGAGUGUUACCUGUCUCACAGCAAUCAGAGGAACACCGGGCUUCUCAGGCGGGAAACACUAUUGGGAAGUUUCUUUGGGAAAUGAAAAAGUUGAACCAAAGAAGUCCUGGUGGAUAGGAGUUACCACUGCCACUGAAAUCUCUCAGGAAUCUGAUUUCUGUCCAAACACAUCCAAUGGUUUCUGGUUUCUGUCUUCUUCUCCUGACACUGCUAAUACUUUACAGCUUAGCACAAAGCCAGAAAUAUUUCUGUCUGUUCAGUCAAGACCAAGAACAGUUGGUGUGUAUUUGGAUUGUGACAAUGGAGAGCUUUCCUUUUACCAUGUAGAAGAGAAAAGUCUAAUUUUAUCUUUGAAAGUAAAAUUCACAAAAGAUGUGUUCCCAUUUUUCAACCCUGGGAAAGGUGAUGCUGCACCUAUAAUAAUAUUGCACAGGACAAGCGAGUCUGGUGAGGAAGGCAAUGCUGUAGAUUCAGUAAUGAACGAUGUUCCUGAAUCUACAGCAUGAGAUCCAGCAGGAAAACAGACUUCUUCUGAGUCUGCUGAUGCUGCAGAUUCAUAAUUAAUAUACCCUCAUUGUGAACCUGCAGCAGCAGUAACAACUGCUAUGCUGCAGGUCAGUGAUGUACUCAUCUAACUAAGCCAAGUGUAAUUUUUCUUUUCAUUUGUAUUCUAUUUUGAUUUUGAUUAUUAAGGAAACCCAUAAAGUUAUAAUAGUAUUAUUAUAUUUUAAAGUCCCCAUGAAGUAAAAUCUGACACAUGAUCUAUUUUCCACUGGUUGUCGAGUUAUAGACAAACAAAAUAUUCAUGUCAUACCAUUUCAGGAUGUAUGUUUUUUACAACCAGUAACAUGAUUUGCUGAAUUUUAGCAGAUCUGAUUAAACUAUUUUUACAAGCAAAACACAGAAAAAAAUUUUGGGAGCUAUGUCAUAUGGAUUUUAAUGUAGUUUAUUUUAAACCAGGAAAUUUCAGACAGAUAGCAGAAAACAUAUGUAUCAGGCUGUUGUAUUCUAUUUUGAUUUUUAAAACCUUUUAAGGAAAUCCAUAAAGUUAUAAUAGUGUUUAUAUACUUUAAAGUCCCCAUGAAGUAAAACUGACACAUGAUCUAUUUCCCACUGGUUGUCGAGUUAUAGACAAACAAAAUAUUCAUGUCAUACCAUUUCAGGAUGUAUACUUUUUCAACCAAUUACAUAAUUUAUUGAAUUUUAGCACAUCUGAUUAAACUAUUUUUACUAGUAAAACACAGAAAACAUUUUGUUUUGGUAGCUAUUUCAUAUGGAUUUUAAUGUAGUUUAUUUUAAGCCAGGGAAUUUCAGACAGAUAUCAGAAAGCAUGUGUGUCAGGCUGUUGGACCAUUAGUUGUUCCCCCUUGUGGACAAGAAAACAGCUACAACAGCUGCAAAGUUGUUUUGCUGUCUGCUCAGAUGCUUUAAAUAUGUGUGUGUCUACAGGUUCUUUACAUUUAAAUAUGUGUCACAAUAAACAGAAAGGUAAAAGAGACUGAAUUAAUGUUGCAGAUCCUGGUGCCCUGACAGAUGAGGGCAGUAAAACAGGCAUUUGGUUCUUU